UACUAGCCGUUAGGAAGCUCUAGAAGUAACGGUUUCCAAUCGUCUUCUUCCUCAAUUAUUUUUUUCUUUCCAUUCUGCUCAUACGAGCUCUCUGUCAAAUCUUGGUAAUAUCUUAUGACUUCUCUGUUCACUUCAAUGGAAUCUUUCAGCGAGUCUAGCGGCUUCUGUCACUGCAAUCCAGCAACUGAAAAUUCUGACCCCAAUGUUACAAACUCAGGUUUGAAGGAAUCCAGCUCGCCGUCGUCAAGAAAGCCGGCGAAGAGAACCCAAAGAUCUGGUUCGAAAAACCCUAGAUCGAAUCCUUCUUCCGUGGUUUCGCAUUCCACCCAGAAAUCGGCUUCUAAAAUCCGGAGUCUUAACCCCACCUCGACGCCUUCCCCUCAAAUCCGAAAAUUGGAUUUGAAAAUCCAAAAUCCAGUGGCGUUGUCUUCCCCGCAAAAGAAGGGUGGUGAGAACGAGUGUGUGCGUGCUGCUGAUGAUAGUAUCUGGGUUUCUCGAGAAGAGUAUUUUGAGAAUCAUGGAGCAAGUGUUGAUGAAGAAGUCAUGCUGGAGGAGUUUAAGCAGGGACCAGAUGCACACGAGGUGUUCGAUGAAAGGGCUGUGUCGAGUAUCAGGAGAAGUAGGGAAGAGUUGUUGGAUUCUGGGCGGGUGUUGCAUUUGGUUCAGGCUUUUGAGAAGCUUCUGUUGCAGGCAAAACCAAAUGGUGCAGAUGAGGAACAAGAGCAGAAUCAACAGACAGAGAAGGACUUGGCGAAAAGGGAAUUCUCUCCACCAGAUGUUAUCCUCACGCAUGAGAGAUUAGGCUUGGAGUCACCUUGUUCCUCUUUGAUUAAUAGCAUCCAAGUGUGUACUUUGAGGAGUUCUGCCGGUGAUAGAAGGAGCAGAAGGAAGAGUGCUGGAUCAGCCAGGAGACACUGCAAGAGAAGGCAAAUGAAACCAAUAUCUCAAGAACCUUUCAAGCUUAGAACCGAGUGUUUGGUAAAACCUCAUGUAAAAGAUGGCACAAAAUCAAUUGAUGUGGUGCUUCACAGUGAUGUCAGGGCCGUGGAACGAGCUGAGUUUGAUCAUCAGUUGGCAGAAGAAGAUAGGAUUAGAAGAUUGAGAAAGGAACUGAUUCCAAAAGCUCAUUCCUUGCCCUACUUUGACAGGCCUUUCAUUCCUCAAAGUUUCACAGCCAUGGCGAUCCGGCAGCUCCUGAGUCUCUCCCGCCGGUCCCGGAGGCGCGUCUCCUCCCAACUAGUAAGGCCUCUUUCUUCAUCCUCUGCCGCCGUCGCAGCUGCCGCUCCCGAUUCCGCUCAUUCCCUCACACCUUCUCCGCCUCCACCCACCCCUAUGAUCUACGACCGAUUGGCAGAAGCCGUCAAAUCGAAGCUUAAGCGGCUCGAGAAUCCAGACCCCCGCUUCCUGCAGUACAAUUCUCCCCACCCUGUCCUGACUGACCAUACCGAUAUCCUCAGCGCUCCCGAGACCCGCGUCACCACCCUGCCCAGUGGUUUGAGAGUCGCCACCGAGUCCAAUCUGUCCUCCCGUACUGCCACCGUUGGUGUAUUCAUAGACUCUGGAUCGAGGUUCGAGACGGAUGAGACUAACGGUACCGCGCAUUUUCUCGAACACAUGAUCUUCAAGGGCACGGAGAAGCGGACGGCGAGGGAGUUGGAGGAGGAGAUCGAGAACAUGGGUGGACAUUUGAACGCUUACACUUCAAGGGAACAGACUACAUACUAUGCCAAGGUUCUGGACAGAGAUAUUCCCACAGCUUUGGAUAUUCUAUCAGAUAUUAUUCAGCAUUCAAAAUUUGAUGAUGCUCGAAUCGAGCGUGAACGCCAUGUCAUCCUCAGAGAAAUGGAGGAGGUUGAAGCCCAGCCAGAGGAGGUUAUUUUUGACCACCUACAUGCAACCGCGUUUCAGUAUACUCCUCUGGGUAUGACUAUCCUGGGACCGGCUAAGAAUGUUAAGACUAUCACAAAAGCACAUUUACAAGAAUACAUAUCAACACACUACACAGCUCCGAGAAUGGUACAUUAUCUAUACACUACAAGCUUGAGUUGACGUUGGUUUUUAUUUGCUUGAUUUCAUUUUUUGAGGCAAGUAUUUCAGUCAGGGGCAGAGGGAGGGGGGGGGGGGUGGGGAUUGCCGUCCGGACGUCUUCUCCAUUGAAGGUGCCCCCCCNGAGCAUAAAGCUAGAAUCUUUUC